AUGGCUGGCACAGAAAUGCAGCGUGUAGUCGACGAGGAUGAUGACAUCCCACGGCGUUCAGAUGCCAAUUUGGGUUACCUCUACUGGGGCAUUGUGACCAUUGUGGUGCUUUACAUCCAGAUCGUGGUCUUUCACAUCGAGGGUCGACAUACAUUUCAGGACUUUAGGGCGGCCGCUCUUGUUCGGGGAAAAGACGACUGGGUGACUGAGAACGAUGGCAAGGCUUUCGAUGCUCCAGACCUUCGUUAUCCCAUCAUCGAGCCCUCGGGUGCCUUUCUGAUGACCCGGCGAGUCACAGUGAAGGACCAGAAGAUGGGCACUUGCAUCGAUUGGGAUUCCCCUGAGCGAUGUCCCUGCGGAGAGCAUGCCACCUGUGGUCCAGAGAACUUCUGCGAGGUCAAAGGCUGGUGCCCCUCCUUAGGGGAUGGCAACAUGGAGCACCCACCGCAGGGCGCCGAGGUGGAGGAGAUCUUGGGCCUGGAGGACGCGGUGCUGAUGAUCGUGGCGGGCAUCGGCUUUCCGAGCAUCGGGCAGACCUUCCAUGUGGCGGGCUCCAGCCCGGAAGAUUCGAGCACCUUGCACAAGCACAUCACAGUUCCACAACUCUUGGAGCUAGCAGAUCCACCGGUGAAGCUGGAAGAUGUGGCCCAAACCGGGUGCAUCAUUGCGGUGAACUUUUUUUGGAGUUGUGACCUGAGCUGGCGCUCUGAUUGUGAACCGCAACUUUCGGUCAAGCGGCUGGAUGCGGGCACUGGCUUCGUACAGAAGCGGGCGAAGAAGAAGACGACCAAUGGGGUUGAGACGCGAGAGGCCGUUUAUAUGUACGGCCUGCGACUCAUCGUGGACUCUUCUGGGAUCGGUCGACAGAUUAGCCUGGUGCCCAUUGUGAUCUAG